AUGGCCGGGACGUAUAGCUCCACUCUGAAGACGUUGGAGGACUUGACCUUGGACUCCGGGUAUGGGGCCGGGGACUCGUGCCGCUCACUCAGCCUCUCGUCCUCCAAGUCCAACUCGCAGGCGCUCAACUCUUCGGCGCAGCAGCACCGCGGGGCGGCCUGGUGGUGCUACUCCGGCUCCAUGAACAGCCGCCACAACAGCUGGGACACGGUGAACACGGUGCUGCCCGAGGACCCCGAGGUGGCGGACCUCUUCUCGCGCUGCCCGCGCCUCCCCGAGCUGGAGGAGUUUCCCUGGACGGAGGGAGACGUGGCCCGGGUGCUUCGCAAAGGCGCCGGCGGCCGGCGGCUGCCCCUGUUCUCUGCCGAGGCGGUGCGGCGCCUGGCUGGGCUGCUCCGCAGGGCGCUCAUCCGAGUGGCCCGCGAGGCGCAGCGCCUGAGCGUGCUGCACGCCAAGUGCACCCGCUUCGAGGUGCAGAGCGCCGUGCGCCUGGUGCACAGCUGGGCGCUGGCCGAGAGCUGCGCGCUGGCUGCGGUCAAGGCGCUGUCACUGUAUAGUAUGAGCGCCGGGGACGGGCUGCGCCGGGGCAAGUCCGCGCGCUGUGGCCUCACCUUCUCCGUGGGCCGCUUCUUCCGCUGGAUGGUGGACACCCGCAUCUCCGUGCGCAUCCACGAGUACGCGGCCAUCUCGCUCACGGCCUGCAUGGAGAACCUGGUAGAGGAGAUUCGGGCCAGGGUGCUGGCCAGCCAGAGUCCCGACGGUGGAGGGGCUGGGGGCGGGGAGGUGUCCGCCGAGGCCCUGGAGAUGGUCAUCAACAACGACGCCGAGCUCUGGGGCGUCCUGCAGCCCUAUGAACAUCUCAUCUGUGGCAAGAACGCCAAUGGCGUCCUCUCUCUCCCUGCGUACUUCAGUCCUUACAAUGGCGGGUCCCUGGGCCACGAUGAGCGAGCCGAUGCAUAUGCCCAGCUGGAGCUCCGGACCCUGGAGCAGUCCCUCCUGGCCACCUGCGUGGGAAGCAUCUCCGAGCUGAGUGACCUGGUCUCCCGCGCCAUGCAUCACAUGCAGGGGCGCCACCCGCUCUGUCCUGGCUCCAGCCCCGCCCGCCAGGCCCGUCAGCCACCCCAGCCCGUCACCUGGUCCCCCGACGCCCUCCACACGCUCUACUACUUCCUGCGGUGUCCACAGAUGGAGUCCAUGGAGAACCCCAACCUGGACCCCCCGAGGAUGGCUCUGAACAAUGAGCGGCCCUUCAUGCUGCUGCCGCCACUGAUGGAGUGGAUGCGCGUGGCCAUCACCUACGCGGAGCAUCGCCGCAGCCUCACCGUGGACAGCGGCGACAUCCGGCAGGCCGCCCGGCUGCUGCUGCCCGGCCUGGACUGUGAGCCCCGGCAGCUCAAACCCGAGUGCUGUUUCAGCUCCUUCCGGAGGCUGGAUGCCCGAGCGGCUACCGAAAAAUUCAACCAGGACCUGGGUUUCCGCAUGCUCAACUGCGGAAGGACAGACCUCAUCAACCAGGCGAUCGAGGCCCUGGGCCCGGACGGGGUGAACACUAUGGACGACCAGGGUCUGACGCCGCUGAUGUAUGCCUGCGCUGCUGGGGAUGAAGCGAUGGUCCAGAUGUUGAUUGACGCGGGAGCGAACUUGGACAUCCAGGUUCCAAGCAACUCUCCCAGGCACCCCUCCAUCCACCCUGACAGCCGGCACUGGACAUCGCUGACGUUUGCUGUGCUGCACGGACACAUCUCUGUAGUCCAGUUGCUACUGGAUGCCGGUGCCCACGUGGAGGGCUCAGCAGUGACUGGCGGUGAGGACAGCUACACGGAGACACCGCUGCAGCUAGCCUCUGCAGCUGGGAACUACGAGCUGGUCAGCUUGUUGCUGAGCCGAGGCGCUGAUCCCCUACUCAGCAUGCUGGAAGCCAAUGGCAUGGCCUCCUCCCUCCAUGAGGAUAUGAACUGCUUCAGCCACUCAGCCGCCCAUGGCCACAGGAACGUCCUGAGGAAGCUCCUGACCCAGCCUCAGCAGGCCAAAGCGGACGUGCUGUCCCUGGAGGAGAUCCUGGCCGAGGGUGUGGAGGAGAGUGACGCGUCCAGCCAGGGCAGCGGCAGUGAGGGGCCCGUGCGGCUGAGCCGGACCCGCACGAAGGCCCUGCAGGAGGCCAUGUACUACAGUGCUGAGCACGGCUACGUGGACAUCACCAUGGAGCUGAGGGCGCUGGGUGAGAACUCGCAGAACGACUCCGUCACCCAGCAGCUGGCUGCCAUCUUCACGCACUGCUAUGGCAGCAGCCCGGUCCCCAGCAUUCCAGAGAUCCGGAAGACCCUGCCCGCCAGGCUAGAUCCUCACUUUCUGAACAACAAGGAGAUGUCAGAUGUGACCUUCCUAGUGGAAGGAAAGCUGUUUUAUGCGCAUAAAGUCCUGCUGGUGACGGCUUCUAACAGGUUCAAGACGCUGAUGACCAAUAAAUCAGAACAGGAUGGCAACGGCAGCAAAACCAUUGAGAUCAGCGACAUGAAGUACCACAUUUUUCAGAUGAUGAUGCAGUAUUUGUACUACGGAGGAACAGAAGCCAUGGACAUCCCGGCCUCCGACAUCCUGGAGCUGCUGUCAGCCGCCAGCUUGUUCCAGCUGGAUGCCCUACAGAGGCACUGCGAGAUCCUGUGCUCCCAGACCCUCAGCGUGGAGAGCGCCGUGAACACGUACAAGUACGCCAAGAUCCACAAUGCCCCUGAACUGGCCCUGUUCUGUGAAGGCUUCUUCCUCAAGCACAUGAAGGCCCUGCUGGAGCAGGACUCCUUCCGGCAGCUCAUCUACGGCCGCAACAGCAAAGUGCAGGGCCUGGACCCGCUGCAGGACCUGCAGAGUACCCUGGCCGAGCGCGUGCACUCCGUCUACAUCACCUCCCGGGUGUGA